GUCCCUCAGAGCGGAGAUGAGCAGACUAGCUCAGUGAGCUACAAGCGCGCGCACGCUCACUUACUCACUCUCUCACACCGCGGUUUAUUCCUCUCGGGUUUCUUCGAGCAAAACGAAAUAUUGAUAGCUGUUCAUUGCAAGGAUGGAUGAGUUACAGGAUGUGCAGCUGACUGAGAUUAAGCCUCUCCUGACAGACAAAAAUGGCCGAAACUUUCAGGAUUUUGACUGUCAGGAGCAUGACAUUGAAACCCCCCACGGUGUUCUCCACGUCACUUUGAGAGGAACACCUAAAGGCAACCGGCCCGUCAUCCUUACAUACCACGACAUUGGCCUUAACCAUAAGUCAUGCUUCAACACCCUUUUUAACUUUGAGGACAUGCAGGAGAUCACGCAGCAUUUUGCCGUGGCCCAUGUGGAUGCUCCAGGCCAGCAGGAGAAUGCAGCCCCUUUCCCGACUGGGUACCAGUACCCUACGAUGGAUCAGCUGGCUGAGAUGCUGCCCUCAGUCCUGACCCACCUUAAAAUCAAUAGUGUGAUUGGCAUUGGUGUUGGUGCUGGAGCCUACAUUCUCACCAGACUGGCGCUGAAUCAGCCUACUCUGGUUGAGGGACUGGUUCUUAUUAAUGUGGACCCCUGUGCGAAAGGAUGGAUGGAUUGGGCUGCCUCAAAGUUGUCGGGAUGGACCAGCAACCUGGUGGACAUAGUGAUGGCACAUCAUUUCAGCACAGAUGAACUGACAGAAAACCAGGAGAUCAUUCAGACAUACCGCCUACACAUUGCUCAGGAUAUGAACCAAGACAACCUGGCAUUGUUCUGCAACUCCUACAACAGCCGCCGAGAUCUGGAGAUUGAGAGGCCAGUCAUAGGGCUUAAUGAGGAAACUGUCAACACUCUGAAGUGUCCUGCAUUGCUUGUUGUGGGUGAUACAUCUCCAGCUGUGGAGGCUGUUGUUGAGUGUAAUUCAAGGCUAAACCCCACGAAGACCACCCUUCUGAAGAUGGCAGAUUGUGGUGGCCUGCCCCAAGUUGUGCAACCUGGUAAACUUGCAGAGGCCUUCAAAUACUUUGUCCAGGGCAUGGGUUACAUGAUGCGAACAUCAGGGUUGCCCACUGCCAGCAUGACGCGCUUGGCACGCUCUCGUACCCACUCAGCUUCCAGCAUGAACUCCGUGGAAGGCGCACGUAGCCGCACUCACAAUAACUCCCAGCCGGAGGGUGCUGCUGCCAGCCCAGGUCAUGAGAACCAAGCCAGACCACAAACCAUGGAGGUGUCCUGCUAAAUCUGCCUCUAAUUAUUGCCUCUCGUUAUGCCACAUUGUCUCGUAUAUUAUUCUCUCAUAAUCCUGAAACCAGGCUUCUGGUGUAAUGAAACAAUUCAAAUGAUGACUACUGAAAUACAUUCACAGUCUGUACACACUGUACAGAUCGUGAGGUGUGUUUUUGUUUGUUUGUUUUUUGGUUGGUUGGUUUUGUUUGGGGUCCCCCCCCCCAGUCUUAAUCAGUUCCUGAUGUGUAUAUGAUGAAGAGUGAGGUCUCUUGGAUAGAAGUGUUCAUGUUCCCAAGGUAUUGUUAGAGAAGACCCAGUCACAUUUUGCAUCCCUCUGUCCAUCCUUUCAUUCCAUCAGGUAAUGGCACACACCAUUGACUUGUGGGUUUUGUUUUGGGGGUUGUUGUUUUUUUCCCCCUUUUGACCACAGUUUUCUGUUUUCCUGUCAAUGUUCUGUGUGUUGUGAAAAUAUCGGUCACUAGAUUGUUGAAUAUUUGUUAACUUCGUUUCCUGUACAUUCUCAUGAAAAUCUACUAAUAAGCAUGUCCUUUUUAAUGUAACUUAAUGGAAGUGUGUAUUGGGAUUUGUUUUGUUUAGCCGUUUCUGCAGAUACUGUAGACCUCAACCACCCAUGGGGUAACUUUGCACUGUAACACCGAUGUAUUCACGUAUUUAGACCAGAACACAUUCCCACCCCCUUUUGUGGCAUAGUUGCCUUUCAAUAAACACUUUUUUUUUUUUUUAUGAGUUCAAGGUAAAACCCAUUUAGAGAGAAUGACCUGGGCAGAACAACCAACUUGGCAUACACGUUAGCCUCCUGAGAGAGGAAAACCGAGACAAGGUCAUUCACUAGAAUCUCGUCGUAGUUAUGUUGAAUUUAAUGUAUACACUCCCCACAAAUAUAAAUACUUGCAAAAGGAUUUGGUUUUUAAUUUACUGCACCCCUCCUGUACAGUGGAUGGAUAUUCUAGUUUACUUGAACUGUACUUCCUCUAUUAGAUUUUUUAAUUAUUAUUAUUAUUAUUGCUACUACUAUUAAUAUAAAUACUAUUGCUAUACUGUUUCCUUGGAUGUGUAUUCAAUGUUGCUCUAUGAUUGUACUGCUUUGAGUGAGCUUGUGACAUCAGGCUUUGUCCUCAAAGCAUAUAGGGGGCGCUGUACUUCUGCUGAGUGUAUUGAUUUGUACGAAUUAAUAAAGCUAGAGGUUAUACAUAAA